AAUUCAAAUUAUACACUCACCCUUAAUGUCAACCUUGACUCCUAUCAAACCCUUGAGGAAGAAGUCUAAAAAGGAAGCAAGCAAGCUGAAAACCAAACCUAACAAUGGGACUAAAUAAGACAUUAAAAGUGAAAUUUGUCAGCCAACAGACCAGGUCCAUAAGUUCUGUGUCUGAAACCUAAUCGAAAAAGGAAAUACAAACAGCCCAUAAAGAAACCUAUCGAUCCUGAUGAAGUAACUGAAGAAUUUAGGAGGAAGAACAAGCCAGAAUCUCUAUUCAUCUCUGAAGAUAUCAUUUCAGAGAUCCUAUAUGGAGUUAAUUACUAUAUCACACUAAAGGAGAUCGAUAAGCAAAUCCCCAAGGUCAUCAUCAAUGAUGUCUGCAGUAUAAUGUCACAUGCAGUCACAUUAGGAUGUAAAACUACUGAAAAUAAGAUAUUUAUCCAAAAAGGAGUAAUCCAAGACCCUGAAUCCCUAGAGCCAGUUCAGACCCCACAAGACUUAAUGGCUAAGCCAUUAAUUGUCAACAAGAAGGUUGCUUCAAGGAAACCUAAAAGAAAGAAAAUAAGAAGAAAAAGAACUGAUUCUCUUCGGAAAUCAUACUCAAGGAUAAUCUAUACAUCUCCUCUGAAACGUAGUGGGUCUAAGCAAGGAGAGGAUACCCGAUCAAUUGGAUCUCCUCGGAAACAUCUAUUCCCUGCUGCAAGUGUAACUAGUAGCCAAGGGUGGAACAGGAGAGAACGAAGCCUUAAGCACACAAAUGAGGUCAAACAAGUGAAGCUAAAAACUGAACCCGUAGUCGAUGAAUUUCCCAAACAAAGAGAAAUAAUCAAUAGAAGAAAAGAAGCAAGAGAGAAAUUAAUCGCAAUAAAAUAAAAGAAUUGAUGAGUCUCAUUUUCCGCAUGAUAAUUUAACCCCAAUGGAAAAACUGCAUUUUAAAAGACUCUCACUAGCGCAACAAAGUAAUUGCCUUGUCACCACAACAUCGAAGGGAAGGAUGCUUAUUGGGAAAUCAGUAAGGGAUAAAGACCUGCCACAGUUGAUCAAGACUCCCAUUACUUAUUCCUGACUUAUGAAUACUCCUCUGGAAGACCCAUCAAUUCAGAGUUUCACCACUAAAAGCUCUAAAGUUGAAUUGAAAAAGAACGAAAGACCAAAAUCCGAAGCCAGCAGGGUCUUCGAGCCUCCUACAGAGGAUAGCACCAUUUCUGAGCCACCAGAGUUAGAAUUCUUAAGGAAGAAGGGUCGAUUCAAAUAGCAAAAUUAAUUUCAGAAUGCAUAAGAAGACCAUGAUGUAUGUCAGGAAGACUUCUGACCAAGUGCGAAGUUUAACAUCUAUGCUCUCAAAAGGUGCUAAAUUGUCAAUUUAUGACAAAUCCAGCAAACGGUACAUUCCGAAAGAAGAGAAAAAUUGAGAGGAUAGCUCAUCAAUAACAAACCUGACUAUUAAAGGCCCUGUAUCAAGGAAUACAUAUUCAAAAAUCUGAAAAUUUGAACGAGAGCAUUAUAAAUCCCAGAGACUUUUCCACAGGCUGAAUUUACAGCAUAUUCAAAAAGGUGAAAUAGGAUUAGAACCUAACCCGGAUAAACAAUACACCUUCCAAGCGAACAAUUCCCAAGACCAAGAUAAGAGUCUCGAAAAACACAGCUUCAACACAAAAUACCAAAGAAUAAACCCCAAGAACGACUCUGGGUCGUUUAUCAAUUGAAGCGGGCUUAAAUUUAACAAGCAUGGGAAAAGUCCAAUCAGUCGGAAACCUCAGAGCUUUGUGAAGAACAAGUUGAACAAGAUAAUCCCCUCCACAAAUCCAUUAGUCAACUCAAAGAUUUUGUAUGCAAAAAAUCACAUAAAGGGGCACAAAAAGAUGAAAGAGUUGCCAGAAAAUAUUAAAUCUAUUACACCAGUUGGAGCACAAAAGGAUUCACACUUUUUGACAAAAUUUAUGAAGGCAACUUCAAAUACUAAAUAUUUCAAUUAA